AUGUUAGGUACCUUAUUUCCAUGGAUAAAGGAAAAGUCCUUAGAAGAGAAAGUAAAAUCGCGAGAUGCCUUUAUAUAUUUAGAUCGCGGAAUGUACCUAGUUGGCUGGAAAGAACCACUCAAUAAAAGGUGGACGUUGAUCUCUAAAAUAUGGACGGGUACUACAUCAAUAAUGUUAAUAGUUCUGCUGCCAAUAUCCAUGGUUAUGGAGUAUAUUCACAAUUUCGAUAGCUUUUCGGUGGGCGAGUUCCUGAGCUCCCUUGAGAUUUGCGUCAACAUGUAUGGAUGCUCCUUCAAGAGUAGCUUCACAAUGUUUGGUCAUUCGAGGUUCCAGGUGGCUAAGAAGCUACUGGAUGAAAUGGAUUCGAAAUGUCACAGAACAGAAGAGUGGACCAGGCUACAUCGAUAUGUGGCCUUGAGUAAUCUGCUUUUCAUAGUCUAUUUUAUAUUGUAUAGCACCUAUGUAGUGGUGAACUUUACAGGCUAUUUGCUUAUGGGAAGCCACGCUUGGCGACUUUAUAAUCCAUUUUUAGAUUCCGAGAAGAAUUUCUUUGCUUCGAAUAUAGUAGAGUUUCUUCUUAUGAGUGCUGUGGUUCUUCAGGCUCUGUGCGGGGAUCUGUGUCCUCUCACCUACCUUUUUUUGGGUCGACUGCACAUCACCUUCUUCAAGGAGCGCCUGAGUCGACUGUACAUGGACCCGGGAAAAAGUGAUGAUGAGCAUCUCAUAGACUUGAACAAUUGUAUUCGGAACCAUCGCCUCAUCUUGGAGUAUGUUAACGUGCUGCGCCCAGUCUUCUCUAGAACUAUUUUCAUUCAAUUUCUUUUAAUUGGUGUUGUCCUGGGAUUCUCGAUGAUUAACGUGAUGUUUUUCGCAAACUUUUGGACGGGACUUGGCACUUGCUGCUUUAUGUUUGAUAUUUGUAUGGAAACCUUCCCGUUCUGCUAUUUGUGCGACGUUAUUAUUAACGAUUGUAAUGACCUUGCCGACACACUUUUUCAAUCAAAUUGGAUAGCUGCCAAUCGCCAGUACAAGGUAACCUUAGUGUACUUUCUUCAAAACUUGCAGAAACCUAUUGUUUUCAAGGCUGGAGGGAUUUUUCCCAUUUGUAUGAAGACUAAUUUAUCUAUGGUCAAGUUGGCAUUUUCUGUGGUCACGGUUAUGAAACAAUUAAACCUGGCCGAAAAAUUUCAAUGA